GUUGUAGUCGCAGCGCCCACAAUGACCAGAACACUGCCGGAGCAUUAAUCUACCGGGUACGCUUAAUAACCCGUUGCGUGUUUUUUACUGAAAACUCGUAGUAAAUAACUGUUUACACCGGGAUCGCGUUCACACGCACUGUUGACGGAGGCUGCCAUAAUUCUUUGAAGCGUGAUGACUGAUUUCCGUGUUUUGGUGCAACCACGCCAAUCACAGAAGACCUUGGUAAGACGAGACCAAUGAAUGAAGCUGUUGUUUUGAGGUUGUAGUCGAAGCGCCCACAAUGACCAGAACAUUGCCGGGGCACUGAUUCAGUCUUAAAUUAGGUGGAGAUGUUCCGCCGAGUGAUCGGGAAGACCUUGGGGUUUUUUGGCUACACCAUCCAGUAUGGCUGCAUUGCACAUUGCGCCUUUGAGUACAUCGGAGAGAUUGUGGUGUGCUCUGGUCCAUCAAUGGAGCCCACCAUUGUAAACAAAGAUGUUGUUUUCUCUGAAAGGAUGAGUCGGCAUCUUUGCAAAAUACAAAAGGGUGAUAUUGUCAUUGCAAAAAGCCUUUUUGACCCCAAUAUGAAUAUUUGUAAAAGGGUAAUUGGCUUGGAAGGUGACAAAGUCUGCACAAGUGGUCCAUCUGAUCUUUUCAAGACCCAUACAUAUGUGCCAAAAGGUCACGUAUGGCUUGAAGGGGAUAACCUUACGAACUCGACUGACUCAAGGAGCUAUGGCCCAACUCCCUAUGCCCUCAUCAGAGGCCGUGUUUGCUUGAAGCUCUGGCCCCCGCAUAAUUUUGGGACCCUCAGUGAAAGUCCAACCAGACGGAUCACUGAAGAUCAGAAUGAAGAUUUGGAUUGAUGCUUUACCUUAUGGGUGCUCAUUAAUUUACAUUUUUUUCCAAUUUUUAAAUAAAGUAUUUAUUUAUACAUAAAUUAAAGCAGACUUUGUGCUAAGUAUUUUUUUAAUUCGACCUGCGAUGGAUACUCGGAC